UUCCGGGUCCUACGUGGCGGUUGAAAGAGUGGCGCGAGAAGUUGCUGGGAAUUAAUCGGAUAGCAUUUUUGAUGGCUCUAAAGAAGUCAUCACUCUCACUGGAUUCCAGUGAGAGUGACUCUGAGGAGUUGCCAACAUUUGCCUUCCUGAAGAAGGAACCAUCUUCAGCAAAGAGGAGGGAGCCUCAGAAAGAGGAGGAGAUUGUAGUGGUUGACAUCUCAGAUUCUGAGGCCUCCUGUCCUCCAUCACCAAAAUGGAAAGAUCCACCACCUGUCCCAGACACAGCUCAAACUGUCUCACAAACAGAGCCAGUUAGGGUGCUAAGCAGUGGAAGUGACGAUGAGGAGGAAUUUAUUCCCCUGGCUGAGAGACUUACUUGUAGAUUUUUGACCCACAAGCAGCUGAGCCCUGAGGACUCCAGCUCCCCAGCUAAAAGUGUUUUGGCUCAUCAGACUAAUGAAGGAGCAUCAUGUGACUGGCAAAACCAGCCCUUUCCAAGGAUCACUUAUAUUCCCCCCCAUGACACCUUAGCAAGGCGUGCAUCCAAGUGCAAGGACCCUAUGUUAGACCAUCCAUGCCAUCGGCUUCCAGCCUGCCCAACUACCUGCUGUGUCCAGAGCAACAGCUUGACAGUAGCCCAAACAAAUGAAGAGGUACCCCCGCCUCAGAAGAGAACCAAGCAUAAUCAGAAGGUCCAGAAGAGAGACUCCCAGAGAUGCCAGCAGCGGGGACUAGCAAGCCAGAAGGAAAGCACCCUGAGGCAACAGGAAGGGAAGAAGAAGGCAGCCCUGGUCAACAGGCUGAAAGCUCAGAGGCCAGAGGAAUGCUUAAAGCACAUCGUUGUGCUGCUGGAUCCAGUGCUCUUACAGAUGGAAGGUGGGGGCCAGCUCCUCGGUGCACUGCAGUCCAUGGAGUGCUCCUGUGUGAUUGAGGCGCAGGCCGUGCCUCGCAGCAUCUCCUGGAGGAGAAGGGCUGGGCCCGCUGAGGAUGGAGAGGACUGGGUGGAGGAGCCAAUGAUCCUGGUGUUGCUCUUGGCAGAGGCAUUUGUACCUAUGAUCUACAAUUUCAAACAGAGAACUCUGGGCAGCACCGAGGAAGGGAAGGAAACGCUUCAGAGCUUUGUAACUGACAUCACGGCAAGGACAGCUGGGAAAGCUGUGUCACUGGUGGUUGUGGAUCAGGAGAACUGUUUCAGUGCUCCGAAUCCUCCGAGGAGAAGGAAACAGGGAGUGGCCACCAGAGAACAGGCCAAGGAGAAGAGGAAGGAAAGACAACUAGAGGCCAACACAGCGGCCGGGGUGACCAGGGUAGACAUAGAAGAGGCACUGGUGGAUCUGCAGCUACACACAGAAGCCCAGGCUCGAAUUGUGCAGAGCUGGAAAGAGCUGGCCGACUUUGCAUGCACGUUCACAAAGGCUGUGGCUGAAGCACCCUUCAAAAAGCUCCGAGAUCAAACUAGUUUCUCCUUCUGCCUGGAGAGUGACUGGGCUGGAGGGGCAAAGGUGGACCGCUGUGGCAGGGGGCUCGCGCUGGUCUGGAAGAGACAGAUUCAGCAGCUGAACCGAGUCAGCCUGGAAAUGGCCAGUGCUGUUGUGGACGCCUAUCCCUCCCCGCAGCUCCUGAUCCAGGCUUAUAAGCGGUGUAUUUCUGAGCAAGAACGCCAGAAUUUGCUCGCAGACAUACAGGUGCGCCGUGGAGAAGGUGUGACAGCCACCUCCCGCCGUAUUGGGCCAGAGCUGUCCAGGCGCAUCUACCUUCAGAUGACAGCUUUGCAGCCAGAUCUCUCUUUAGACACUGCAGACUGAUGCCAGCCCUCAGGGACAAGGAUGAAAAGCUGGAGAUUUCCACCUCCCCCACCUGGAAGCAUGACUGCAACGCAGGGAUUGAAAACGUCACCCGCAGCACAGGCCUGGGUCCUGCCUACAGCAGGCUUUCGUGGGCGUCACUAUUUGCAGUUAUCUCCGUACCUGUCGACGUAGGGGUGAAGGCUGAGGUGCUUGCAUUUGUGCUCACGGGCAUUUAACAUUCCUCUCCUAGCUGCCAUGCAGAACCCCCUACCCCAGCCAGCCCUCAGAACACAAAGGAACAAAGACAGACCACUCAGACACGUAUUUAAUAACAGGAGAAAUCCAAAAGAACCUCAGCAUCAAAUCUCGAGGUCAUGAGUGAACUGCCCUUGGUGAGCUGCUCGACAGGACUGAGUGGGCCCCAGCCUUCCCCCACCCACUGAAGCUGCCUCCCCCAGCCAGGGAACGGGGUCUGGUCACUGUGCUGACUGCUGUAUGCUCUUAAUCUCAUUUUAUGUACUAUGUGUUUAGUUUCAGUGAAGCAUAUACGCCAACGGCUCUGGAGCUUGGAGGAAGACUAAAGGAAUGUGUAGUGA